AUGGCUUUCGUCCUAGUAACAUUUUGCUGUGUUUUUGCAGGUCUGGGCUCGUUCUUGUUCGGGUAUGACUCGGGCGUCAUCUCGUCGAGUAUUGAGCAGGAUGCUUUCAUAGAUCGAUUUGGGUCUCCACGACUGUCAGAUGCGGCCAAUGGGGGGGGAGGAGCCAUUGUGGGGUCGCUGCUGGCGCCCUAUAUCUCUGAUUCCUUUGGACGCAGAAUGGUGAUAUUCAUCGGUGGUUUUCUCGCCACUCUUGGGGCUGCGCUUCAGGGAGGCGCGGUCACCAUUGCGAUGCUCAUCGCUGGUCGAUUCAUCGCUGGGCUCGCCGUCGGCCUGAUGUCUGCCACUAUUCCCGUCUAUUGCAGUGAGAUUGCGCCGCCUCGUAUUCGCGGUUUACUAGCAAGCAUGCAACAAUGGAUGCUUGGAGUGGGAAUCAUGGUCGCCCAAUGGGUCGGAUAUGGAUGUUCGCUACGCACAGGCGAAUUCACCUGGCGAUUCCCUUUAUCAUUGCAAACCGCACCUGCCCUGAUUCUCGUCUGUGGGAUCUGGUACCUCCCCGAGUCACCGCGCUGGCUGAUUGAAAAUGGCAAGGAGCAGGCAGGCCGCUCUGUGCUGACUCGCCUACACCUGAACCACAGCGCAACAAAUGGCCAACUCGUUGAAGAUGAGUUCAAUCAAAUCAACGCAAGUAUCCUAUACGAACAACAAUCAGUGGUCCGAUCCUGGCGCCAGAUCCUCCUCUCCAAACAAUGGCGCCAUCGACUCCUUCUCGCCUGCGGCCUGCAAGCAUUCACGCAAACAUCCGGCACGAACGUGAUUCAAAACUACGGUCCUAGGUUAUACAAAUCCCUGGGCCUAUCAACAUCCACAUCUCUCAUGAUCAUCGGGGUCUGGGGUGCUCUGGCAGUGCUCUGGAACACGCUCUUCAUGCUUUUUAUCGACAAAGUCGGACGACGAAAGCUACUUAUUCCAUCACUGCUGGGCAUGGGCGCCGCAAUGUGCGUCGAAGCCACGCUCGCCGAGCAUAUCGAUUUUAGCAACAGCCAUGCUAAUCGAGACGCACUUCGCGCUGCGAUCGCCAUGUUCUUUGUAUUCUCAUUCUUCUUCACAGCCCUCGGUCUAAUUUCCUGGAUCUACCAGUCCGAGAUCUUUCCCACAGCUAUCCGAGCCCGUGGAUCAUCGCUUGCUACAGCAACGAAUUGGAGUUUGAACCUGCUCUUUGCGCAAUGCUCGCCUAUUGCGCUCACGAAGCUCGGAUCUAAAUACUUCUACUGUUUCGUCGGGUUCAACUGGGCUGCUGUCUUCUUGGUCUACUUCUAUUACCCAGAGACUGUCGGCCGGUCUCUCGAGGAAGUGGAAGACGUAUUCACGGAGAAGAAAGAAGUACCUGAAUUUACAACGGACGCGGUCACCAGCGAACGCGCACCAUCUCGAUCACACGUCAAGCACAAAGGCAUGGAUCCUCUAUCUAUGCAUCCAACUGCUACUAAUGGCAGUUCGAGUAGCAAGAGCGCAUCUUCUCCAAGGCUCUGGAGCAAGAAAGCGGAGGAAGUAUGA